AUGGAGCCCUACGUCCUUCGAAAGCGGAGACAAACGACCAUCGGCAAAUUUGUCCAGUUUACUUCAGAUGCUAUAACAUUGAAAUGGCAAGAUUUUCCUGGUAACCGUAUCGUGCACGGAGACGAUCCAUCUAAAUUCAUCCUUGUCUCAUUUGAGAAGCUGAGAUUCCCAGAGUCCAGUCUGAAGGUUACCUCCGAGUAUAUCGUUCGCUUGAUGAAGGCAGGGCUUUUCUUGAAUGGUUUGCAAUAUCGCUUCUAUCAUCACAGUAAUAGCCAGCUGCGCAGUAGGACGUGUUUUUUUCGCGAAGCAAAUUCAGACGAGGAGCUUGAUGCUAGGAUUUAUAAGCUUGGAGACUUUGGAAGAAUCAUGAAUAUAGCGAAACGUGCCAAACGAAUUGGUCUCCUCUUCUCAGCUGCUGAAGUUGAUCUUCAGCUCGAUCCAAAAUGGGUUACUGAUAUAGAUGACAUUACUGUCGGCGACAUUGUCUUUUCUGAUGGUUGUGGUCUUAUGGCCAAGCGAUUUGCAGUGCAAGUCAGUAAAGCGAAGAGCAUAAUUUUCCGAAAUCAGCGCUACACGCCGACUGUUUUUCAAAUCAGGUACCUUGGCUACAAGGGUGUUCUAAUGCUCGAUCCAAAACUAGAUGAAGAGAAGAAGUUUCUCGUAAAAUUCCGCAAGAGUAUGAAAAAGUUUUCUACCACUGAAGACAAGUCAUUCUCUGUCGUUGGCUAUUCACAGCCAUAUUCGUUUGGGCGUCUUAACAACGACAUUGUUGUCCUGCUCUCCAGUCUUGGAAUAUCGGAUGAAAAGUUUCAGGCAAAACAAAGAGCAUAUUUUGAAUGGAUAGAAGGAGCCUCUCACGAUGCAGUCAAAGCAAUCGAUUUUUUGUCGUCCCUCGGGAAGUAUUCGCUUGCGGAGCGACUUCUUCUAGAUGGUAUGGAUAGCCCUGCAGUCUCCAAAGAAAUCCGUGCUCUUCAAAACGCUGAAGUAGCCCAGUUUCUGAAGAACAACCGGCCAAGAACUCGGAUGAUUAUACAUAAAUCUAGGUUGCUCUAUGGUGUAUGCGAUCCAUAUGGAGUGCUCAAAGAAGGUCAAGUACAAAUCCGCAUCACUUCUUCCCGAGGAGGAGCGACUACACCAAUAAAUGGAGAUAUCUUGGUUGUCAGAAAUCCAUGUCUUCAUCCAGGUGACUGCUUGAAACUUCGAGCAGUGGAUCAUCCUAGCCUGUCUCACCUCCUAGAUUGCAUUGUCUUUGCUACAGUAGGACGGCCAGGACACCAGCCUGCCCCAGCAAUGAGCAGUGGAGGUGAUCUUGAUGGUGACAAAUUCUUCGUCUGCUGGGAUCCAGAUCUCGUACCCUCUCUUGUACAUGAGCCUUACGACUAUCCACCGAAUAAGGAACGUGUGGGUAAGGAUGUAACUAGGAUGGACCUAGCAACUUACUUUGCUUCUUAUAACAACAUGAGCCUUGCAAAAGUAUCUGCCUUGCAUCAGAAGUGGGUUCGAAGCAGUCCUGAUGGUGCCCUAUGUGUCCAAUGCCAGGAGCUCAAUGCACUACACUCUCAGUCUGUCGAUGGAGGGAGGAUUAAAAUUCCCGAUAGGUUGCUUACCCCUCCACCUACGGAGAAAGAAUUUAUUCUCGAUAUAUUAGCUCGGGAUGCGGAAGACUUCAAGCAGCAAUUUAUUCAGCGCAGCCACAUUUUAGAUGUUAUAGGUUCUGCAGUGGAGGAUGAAGCGCUUGUAGUACAGCUCCUUCAAAGUCCGCAAACCGCUCUGUCCGAGUUUGAAGUCUUCAGUAUGGCUCUUUCAUUCGCUCGGAAACAUCCCUCCAUUGACAUUCGCUCUCACCUGACACACCUCGACUUUGGUGCUCUUACUUCCCAUCAGAAAUAUGCUAUCAGCACAACGCUUGAUCUCUCUGAGCAACAGGAACAAUACAUGUGGAAUUCCUUGAUGCGAUCUGACAUCUUGUCUUCCCGUGACCUGGAACAACGACAGCUGAAUAGGCCACUGUCCAUGCAGAGGUUGUACUCAUCAACUCUCAACUCACUGGCAACAUUUUUCCAGUAUCUACAUAUUGCCUCAGAUCAGUACGACAGGAAACUGUUGGUGUUGAAGACCGAUGAUCGUUUUUCUGUUGGCAUCUUUAUUCGAGGAAAGAUUCCUUGGGAUGAAGAUCCAGAGGUUGACGACAAUGUAGUCGUUUGUUCUUUUAUGCCAAGCGCGUCUUCAGUAAUGUCUACUUAUCGUCCUUGCACGACGGGAUACCGCCUUCAUUGUAGCGACAACAACCUGCAACUGUACAACAAGAACAGAAGCGAUACUUUUGUAUUCUUGACACAGCCUCCACUGCAGUCGGGCCAGGGGGUAAUUGCAAGUAUUGCUCUCCAGAAGAUUUCCCAGCGAGUACAGAAGCAACUCGGCCGCCUCAACCGCACACCUGUGGUAGCAAUUGAGAUCCAUGUUAUAUCGAAUCGAGAUCGUGUGGCGCACCAAUUGUUCGAUCUCUACUUUGAGCACGUUCAGACUGAGGUGUAUAUUGGGCGUUUCGACAGCAGCCAACAGUCUCACCUUCUCAAGUCACUACAGGACGUUGACUGGGAGGCUCAUCCAUCCUGGUACAAGGAAGUAUUUCUUCGCAAAAAGUCUGCUAAUAGUUCGAAAGCUGUAAUAGCUGCCAAGACACCGGAGCAGCGUGAAACCCUGAUGCAAUUUUGCCUACAAACUCACGCAGAAGAAGAGCUUUUCUGGACUUUCGAGAUUAUGAUUAGUUCGCUUCCUUUGCGCCGCGAGAGUACCAGUUCAUGGAUAGAACAACAUCCACCUCUGGCCUUUGUUCUGCUGAAAAUAUAUCCCCCUAGCGAUACUCAGCUUUUGUCCUCUGAAACAUCACAGUUAUGCUUCGCUAUCACACGAGGUCUCAUUCGAUCUGCAAACAGUUUAGGAAUCGCCACACUCGCAGCUCUAGAAAGAAUCUCCUCUAGCCUUAAUCAGCUCCCUAUAGAUCAAUAUCUCGAUCUGCUCAUGCUUGCGACUCUUAGCAUCCGUCCCAAAAGCCUUGUACAAGAAGCUCUCUUAGUGCUCCACGAAUGCCGAACUUUAACUAGGUUAGAAGAAGUCGGAAUGGCAUAUGUUCAUAAACAUGCCCUCGCAGUUGCAUUUGAUUGUGCUGAAGAAGCUGAAGAUGCUUGUCCUUGCAACGAGGCCGGUCGUCCCCGCAAUGCACGACUGGCAUACCCAGUCCUUCGGCUGGUUUUGGAUGCUAAAAAUGCCACUCGUGUUUCUGCCCAUUUCCGCACAGAUUUAAACACACCUAUUCGGUUACACUCUCAUGUCCGCCUACAAUGCGUCUCAGAUCCCCAGAAUGGAGUGCAAGAUCAAGUUAUACUUGAUGGACUUGUGGUGAAAGCAGAUAAGGGAGAAAUGUCGAUCGAUCUUCUGCAUCCGCCUCCACCUGAGACCUCGGAGAUGCAAUGGAUUGUUUUCGAUGCAGGAAGCAUUGCAACUUCAAAAGCGAUGAUGGAUGCUCUUCUACGGCUCUGUCAAGAAAAAGAGAACUGCUGCAGUGUUUAUGAGAUGAUCGUCGGCGAAGGCAGAGAAAGCGUAUCCAUGGUCCAACUGGACGGGGAUGGUUCUGACGAACUUCCACAAGCUUACAACGAGCAAAUGAACUCUCAACAGGUGUUGGCUGUUCGAUCAUGUGAGGCACCUCUCUCUCUCAUUUGGGGUCCACCAGGUACGUGA